AUGCUAUCAUCGAUUCUACUUAUCCUUUGUAUCAGUAUUGUACCUUCGUUUGAGAAUGAUACUGUUGUAUUCAAAAAAGGUGAAGGUGGUUAUUUUUGUUUCCGAAUUCCGGCAAUCUUAACUACCGCCAAAGGUACUUUAAUAGCAUUUUCUGAGGCACGAAUAUUUAGUUGUGCAGACGAAACUCAAAUAGAUAUCGCUUAUAAACGAAGUUUCGAUAAUGGAAAAACAUGGUCGGAUUUAAAAAUAGCAUGUCGAGGAAAUGAUACAAAUGAUGGUUAUACUCGAGCAGGCAAUCCUGCUCCAGUACAAUUAAAAUACAAUCAAAGAAUUUUAUUACCAUUUUGCAAAAAUAAUAUUAUUCCUAUGCAAACCUAUUCAGAUGAUGAUGGUUUAACAUUUUCUCCACCACAAGUUAUACAUAAUAUAACAAAACCUGAUUGGAAAUGGCUUGCUUUAGGACCACCUGGUGGUCUUUUAUUACAAUCGAAUCGAAUAAUAAUUCCAGGUGAUUUUUCAACAAAUGAUAGCCAUCUUUCGUCUAGCUUUAUUAUGUAUAAUGAUUUUAAUGGUCAAGUAGAUCAAUGGGUUUUAGGAGUAAACUUUAGCCUUGAAAAUUAUCAUCCAAAUGAAUGUCAAGCGGUCGAAUUAUUACCUAUUGCAAAUUCAAUAUUUAUCAAUGCUCGUUCAGAUAGUACAGUAAGAAUUGGCGCAUAUAGUGAUGAUGGUGGAAUUACAUUUAAUAAAGCUAUUGCACUAAAUACACUUAUACAACCAUUACAUGGAUGUGAAGGUUCAACAAUUUAUCAUCAAAACACUCGUCAAAUAUUUUAUUCAGGUGUAACUGACACAUCUAUCCGCCAUAAUCUUUCAUUACAUAUAAGUAAUGAUAAUGGUGAAAACUGGAGAUUUGUAAAAACAAUAUGGCCAGGUCCAUCAGCUUAUUCAUCAUUAACAAUACUGAAUGAUCAAUCGGUAGGUAUAUUGUAUGAAGCUGGAACUAUGAAUCCAUAUGAAACUUUAACAUUUACUAUAAUUUAUAAUCAAACUGAAAUGAAAUUUAUUUGA